UCCCAGGUGGCAGUGCGGAAUGAACGCUGAGUUGGUCUUUUUUCUGUCGGCGAAGUCGGGACAAGAACUGAGAGAGAAAAAUAUCAAACAAAAUUACAAAACAAAACAAAAAAAUGAACAAAAUCGCUGCCUUAAUCGUUCUGGUCACUAUCUCCACGUGUACUGGGGAGACCUGCGUGGACCCCACUAUCUCCCCCUCCUACUACAGCACCUCGGACGCUGUCAUCGCCUCCGAGUCAGUCUUCAUCGUGGAAAUCUCCUUGAGCUGCAAGAACGGAGCACAGAAUGUUGUGCUCUACGCUGAUAUCAACGGAAAGCAAUUUCCAGUCACCAGAGGUCAGGAUGUGGGUCGUUAUCAGGUCUCCUGGAGCGUAGAGCACAAGAACGCUAGAUCGGGCCCCUAUGAGGUGAAGUUUUUAGACGAAGAGUCGUACAGCGCUCUGCGCAAGGCUCAGAGGAACAAUGAAGAUGUCUCUGCCAUCAAGCCACUCUUCUCAGUCAACGUGGAUCACAGGGGUGCGUGGAACGGGCCCUGGGUCUCCACUGAGGUUGUGGCUGCUGCUGUCGGAGUUCUCAUCUAUUACCUGGCCUUCAGCGCAAAGAACUCCAUACAGGCUUGAGAGAGGGGAGGGAGGCAGCCCAAAACAAGCUUGAACCCCUGGCCAGAGGCUUGAGUGAGGAGGAGGAGGGCUGAUGGAGAGUAAUGCCAUUUGUGCCAACAACACUAUACAGCUUUAGACCAGGGGGGUACUGCACCCAGACUGACUGAGGCCAGGUGGGAAUUUAGGGAGGAGUUACGAAUUCAGUUAUUUUUUUAAUUUAUUUUUUACCUCAAUUGAACAAAUUUAAACCAGAACACUGUGCUGUUGAUGGAAUAAAAAUAAUGUUAUACUGAAA